AUGGAGUACGAGAUGUCGAUGACGGGCGAGCUCAACUUCUUUCUUAGACUUCAAAUCAAGCAAAACAAGCAGGGUACAUUCGUCCAUCAGACGAAGUACACCAAGGAGCUACUGAAGAAGUACGACAUGAGCGACGCGAAGCCCUUGACGACACUGAUGACUACCUCGAUUAUGCUUGUUCUAGAUGAAGAUGGCGAAGCAGUGGACCAAUGGGAGUUCAGAAGCAUGAUUGGCUCCCUCCUGUACCUGACGGUGACAAGACCGGACAUCAAUUUCGUCGUCUGCCUCUAUGCGCACUUCCAAGCUUUACUGAGGACGUCUCACCACCAAGCGGUAAAACGCAUUCUGAGGUACCUCAAGCACACUCUCAAGUAUGGACUCUGGUUUUUUGCUUCCUUCUUGCUUUCUUUUUGA